GCAGACCCAGACCCAGGCCAGAAAAAUAGGGACCGACGUCACUUGGAUCAGCAUCGAUGCCUGCCACGACAACACGUGUGGGAAAGUCUAUUGCGCGGCGAAAGACUGCCAAAGUCUAUUCUUGCGGGCGAGAAGGACAGCAGCAGCACACGUCGCCGGUAUGAGCGGCCGCUCGACGCCCACGACGACAGCCUCGAAGCGGCACUCGCGCAACCCCUCGACUUUCGAUGCCCUGAAGAAGGUCCAGAUCGAUGGCACACACGCGCGGUCCAGCGGCCAUGUGCUCAAUUCGCUGCGUUCCACGCAGCUGGUGGAGUCAAAGCCGCUGUUGCCAGCAGAGCUCAUAGCGACGAUCCUCGACUAUCUGCCCGUGCCAGAUCUAUGUCGCUUCGCGCGCGUCUCUCGCAGACUGCGGGAAAUGGUGUACGAUGAUACACGAUGGAUAUCGAAGCUGCACGCCAUGGGCGCGUGGAACGAGCUGGAGGCCAGGCAGCGCGCGGAAGAAGCCAUGAAGAGGCAGACGGAGGCGCAGACGGCGAGGCAGAGUGCCGAGACGCGGCGAACAGGCAGCAUAAAUGGCACAACAGGUGAUGGCCGACGCACGACCAUGUUCGAUGCGGGAGUCGAGGAGCAGCGGUACAGAAAGUCGAUUGAGCCUCCGCCCAAGUCACCACCGAAGAAGCGAGGGACGCUUGCGGAUGGCUUCGAUGAGUUGACAUUGAAUGGAUCUGCUGCUGCUGCCCCUUCUCAGACCAUUCCACAAGCAGAUCCGCAAGCCGCACUGCGUAUAUUCGAGCGAGUGCGAUCAAUACGUGGCUACGCGCGGCAUGAGUUUGGUAAGGUGUAUGGUGCUCUAGGUCCAUUGUACUUGGACCUCGCAUGCUCAAAGGGCCAUUCAGAUGCAAAUAUCUUCCGCCUCUAUCGAGACCCCGAACAGCAAGCUCAGAUACUCAGAAAUCUCAAACGCUUUGCUCAAUGCGACCUUGCCAGUGGGUGGGAACAGCGCCAACAGCAAAUUGACUCUAUGAUUGGCGUGUUCGAAAAUGCCGUUCUGAAGGAAUUCGAGCAAGGCUACCACGCCGACGACGUGACUGGACGAAUGCAUCGCUAUGCACAUGUGCUUGUGACCCUAAACGGCGGGAGUGCUGCGAUAGACUCGUUCAUUUCAAAUCACGAUAUCAUGGCACGCACCAGGCGCUUAGGACAGCCACUGGACUGCUUGGAAGGCUGUGCGCCUGGCCAUGUGGAUCUCAGCCCAUCGCAGCGAUUCUUUGAUAGCUUGGCUGCGGCCAUGGUUCAGCAAGCGAGUGUCAUUGAUGCGACAUUUCCACCUGAGGUUGAUGUGUUGACUCCUUUCUGGCGUCGGCUCUGCGAAGAAUUGAUUUUGGAGUACGUCGCAACACUUUUCAGAGAGGCACUGAAUCGUGGCAAUGAGGUAUAUGUCAAGGCUGUCGCAGGCGCCUUCGGACAAGCACUCGGCCUCGUGGCAGCCCUCAAGCCGACCAAAGCUUCACCAGCAGACUUUGCAGAAGCUUCUAAGCGGAUCUUAGUCAAGUGCUUUGAGAAGGACAUGAAUCGGUAUCUCGGUGAAGAGUUUGAAGUCUUCCGCUCCAAGGCAGAAGCAGAGGUCAGCCGAUGGGAGAAGGAGCUGUCGGAGCACGAAGCAUCCACUGAAGCGUUCUUCAUGUCCAACGUCAACCGACAAGCAGCCAAGCGAGAUUUCCUGUCCUCUUUCAGGAAAGUGGUAAUGAUGCCAGUCAAUAUGUUUCCGGGUACUUCCACUCCGAAGCCUACCAAUGCCGCAAGUAGGUCAUCUGCUGCAAUUGACCUGAACUCAGUCGACACCUCAUAUACUGGAGGCAGGCCUGCUUCUCCUGCUCUGGGUGCCUCUCCACUUCGGCCAGGCACGCCGGCACAAGAGCCGCCCACAACAGAACUCGCCGCCAAGACUGCAAUCCUCAACUCGCGAUUAGAGGGAAUCAAGUCGCUGUUCAGCAUUGAGGUCGCGCUGAAUUUGACGCAUAUUGCGAAAGCGUCAAUUGAACGUACAGCACUUAUGGUUCAGGUUGGCGGCGAGCGAGGAGAAGAGGCCAAGAAGCAAUGUGGUACAAUGUUCGUCACUCUGCUGGAUAUCCUUGGAACAAGGCACGUUAGGAACGGCUUUGACAAGGCUGUCGGCCAUCUCGGACAGUACAACCCUCGUGAAGUGCGCAAGUUCAAAGAAGAAUCAAAGUCGAGCGACGGCGUAUCCGCGGGAUCAACUGCUCAUGUCGGCGUCGAGCCUCUGGUGACGUUCCUCGAGCUCGUCAACGUUGGUGAUCUCAUACAGCAAAUGAUCGAUGUCUUCUACUCGCAAGAGCUGAUCGCCACAAAGCUCAUCGACCGCGAUGACUUCCUCGAUCCCGCUGUGAAAGACAAGAAAAAGUUUGAGCAGAUGCUCGAUGAACGCGUUGCUGCAGGACUCAACAAAGGCAUAGAUGUCCUCAUGGAUGAAGUCGAAUACAUCUGCGCCACGACACAGACUCCUACCGAUUUCAACCCUACAGUCGACUCACCUGUCGUCGACAUCGGGCCCUCCACGACAGCCAAGCAAGUAGUUGACAUGGUCUCCGGCCAUACCGGUAUGCUGGUCGGCAGCACCGACAAGAAUAUGCUCGACGUCUUCAACCAAGAGGUCGGGCUCCGACUCUUCACCGCACUCUGCAAACACUUCAAGCGCCAACGCAUCUCGGUUGACGGCGCCAUUAGACUCAUUUCCGACAUCAACCACUACGCUUCCUUCAUCUCCACACUUCGCCAAAAGCCUCUUAUACCUUACUACGAAGCCCUACGCGAGCUGAGCGGGAUCUUCCUCGUGCACAUCGACCCACCGGCGAGUUAUUUCGCAGCAAACGCGCAGGGAAAGAGGGCUAGUAUUCUCGGCGGAGGGAGCAAAACUACAAAAACGCAAGCGCAAGCGAAGGAGUUGGCUGCGAUUAUUGCGGAUACUCAGAGGUUUCGAGGCAUUUUCCCAGCGGAAGAGGUGUAUGAGUUCGCUGAGAGGAGAGCUGAUUGGUAUAUGGUGAAGGGAGAUGUUGAGAGAGCCAUGUAUGGAGUUGGAUGUGUGCUGAUGUGAGCAUCGGACGAGGACAGAGGAGUAAUAGUGGGCCAUCAAGCUUCGAACAACGCUGAGGUGUCAUCAGGAGAGAGCUCAAGCGACUUCCGAAAAUCCAAGUCGAUCACGAAAAGCUGGGCGAUAAUGACGCUGAUGAGUUGACCUCAAAAAAGCUGGACCGAACGCCGAAGUUCUGGUCAACCUCGUCGAAACAGCUAAGAAGACAACAUCUGAAAAACUCUGUCAGCGGAAUCAGCCUGCAAGCCCCAUCGGCCGUCCAACCCCUGGUUGUUCAAUGGCAGCGCUAAGUGAUCGCGGGACGAUGAGCUUAUACAUCCCACGCCUACAAAAAAGAUACCGCGCUUAACGCGCCCUCUCGAAAAGCUCUUGACAUCAACACUCAUUGAAUAUAUCGUAUCUGAUGUAUACCAAGACCCACAAGACCCAUUGCAUCCCUACAAGUCUGAAGAGCCACCAGACGUCACUUCAUCGACAUUUAACCGCUUUCCGUCUGACCAAUAUAGCAGACUAGAUUCAUUCUCUCAGCAAACAUGCAAUCAAGCUCAAACAAGCAGCGUUCGUCAAUCAUUCCGAACGUCAAGGCAUUGCUACGAGCCCUAAUUCAAUCAGCCCGAAUACG